UAAAUGUUAUUAAUGCGUUUUUGUGGGUGAUAUAAAGUCUCAUCUUCAAUGAACUGAACACUCGGGCUGUUGUUCUCCACUCCACAGAACCGUGUUAAUGUAUUGAAAUUUGAUACAAGGGAAUUUUUUUUCAACACUCAUCUUGUGAGCUCCACCUUCAACAUUUCACAGGAGAGCACUAACGGAAGACUACAGAUUUAAAUAAUAUACUUUCAACAAUUAUAAAUAGACUGUGAAAACCAUCUUAACACCAUUGAUAAUGGAUUAAAUUUCAUAAAUGUCGCAUCUUUCUUAGGAUUUUUUGAGAAGGCCGAAAAUCGUAUCUUUAUUUUUUUGAUGUGGUGCUUUAUUUGAAUCUUACGGAUAUUUUAAAAAGAAAACUUCUAUUUCGCAAGUGGUUUUACGGUUUAGAAACGAAGAAUUUAACUUAUUGACUUCUUUGCGUGUCGGUAGUUUGCAUCGACAAAAUCAAUCUUGCAGACAAUAUUACAGGAAUUGAAAGAAUUGCUCUGACAACAUAAUAUAUGAUUUCAAGUGCUUCUUUUAAGGAGCUUGACAUAUCUAAUCCUUCUAUUUUCCUUUUGGUUUUCUAUUUGAAACGACUACUGUUACAGCUCAGCUACUCGGAGUGAAAAAAUUGGUGUGGUGAACAGGGUUGUUAUUGCAUGAUUUAAUUCAUGACGUCUGUAAUUUGCAAUAGUGCUUUUAGAGGUUUCAUAUAGUAUAAAGGACAUAAUCAGAUAGUAUUUGUCACAUAGUGCUUCUGGAAGGGAUUUUCAUUUUGGAAAAAAGGAAUUCCAAGGAAAUGACGUCAUAAAAGAUCAAAUUAAAUCUUUGAUAUUUAAUAAUCUUCAAGUUCCUCUCUGUGACAUUUUCUGACAAACUGUACCUCAUACGUGAUUGGUGCUUUAUUUAAACUUAUAUUCAUCAUGAAUAACACUACUUUGAUUAUAAACGACCCCAUAGACCCCUUGCCCAUCAUAUUCAUUUGGUCAUUGCUAACUUUUAUUGGACUGGCAGGAAAUAGUGUGGUCAUCUACAUAACGUGUUUGCAUGCUGUGAAAUCGGCCACCAAUUCUUAUAUUCUAAAUUUGGCGAUAUCGGACAUAGCCUUCCUUGUUGUGGUAGUGCCCUUUACCUGUCUGGCUUUUAUUUUUAAUCAUUGGGUGUUCGCUGAUUUUGGGUGCAAGCUUUUCAUCUUUACUCAAUAUGUUACAGUCCAUGCUACCUGUUUGACGUUAAUGGCGAUGACGAUAGACAGAUACCAAGCUAUCGUGUAUCCUAUACAAUCUAUGAACUGGAGAAACACUCGGGCUUCAACUUUCGUAUGUCUGGGAGUGUGGAGUGUAUCCAUCAUCCUGUCCCUGCCGUUUGCCAUUUUUCACAAGGAAAUGCCAGAUAGAGAAAAUGUCACAAUAUGUGGGGCAGAUUGGCCAAACACGACCAUUGACAAAGGAGCUACGCUUGCAGUCGUUAUGACGUCAUACGUUAUUCCACUUGCGGCAAUCAUUGCAUGUUAUUCAAGAAUAUUGCUUCAUCUAUGGAAAGGCGGAUCUAACGGGAGUUAUAGACAGGCGAAUGCCAAUGGAAGUGUUCCCUUACGAAGUGCAGGGCAAUUGAGGAGGAAAAAGCGUGUGACCCGGAUGGUAGCCAUUGUUAUUCUUCUGUUCGCCUGGUGUUGGCUGCCAAUACAAUUCUUCACAUUGUGGUAUAAAUUUGAUCCAAACUUCCCCCAAAUCCCCGCUUUAUUAAAAUUCAAAAUAUUUGCUCAUACGCUGUCAUAUGCUAACUCCUGUGUGAACCCCUUUGUAUAUGCGUUCAUGAACGAGGGUGUUCGAAAGGCCUUCCAGAAGAAGUUUCCAUAUGCCAGUAAAUAUUGCCAAUGUACAAAAUCAAACAAGGAAAACAAUCCGGAAACGAGUACAAUGAUAGAUAAAGCUGUGAUGACGACGCGCGGAGGCGGAGAAAGUAUGGUUACUACGCAUUGUUCAUUGUGAUUCACGUGUUUGUGUUACGAUAAAAAAAACAAUUGACAAAAGAUAAGUAGAUAAUAAUCAAAUCUGUUUUGAGACUUAACGAGUGGAAGAAACAGUCUGGCUACCACGCAUUGAUCAUUGUGAUAAACUUGUAUCUUGUACAAUUAAACGUUGGUCAAAGCCUUAGACAUAGCAAUCAUAGGGAUUCAAGGAGAAGCAGGGAGUAGUUUGGCUACCACGCAUUGUUUUCAUGAUCUGCGUAUUACUAUUACAACAAACAUAGACCGACGUUUAUAAUUAAGAAGAAUGAUAGUCAUGUGAUUUUAAGAGGGGGAUUUCAAAAUAGUCCGAUGGACUAGCCACAAAGAGUUUUCAUUAUCAUUAGCCAAAUCAACUUCACAUACAAAGAAAAUUCUAAUUAGUUUAUUUUCAAUAAUGGGAUAACCAUAGUUCUAGUGUAAUGCUUUAAUUGUCUUUAUAUGUCUUCGUCUUUGGCUCUUUAAACCUGAAAAAUAUAAUUUAACCAUUCGAUGUCACGUAAAAAUAUCAGCUAAUCUGUUUUAUCAUAAAAACUAAGUUUUUUUUAUUUAACUAAAUGUAUAUGUAUUUUGUCAUUUUUGAUGGUAGGAGCUAUUGUCUAAUUAUUAUGCGUUGAAAAAUAAUGUAUAUGGACAUAUAUACGUAUUAUUUCAAGAAUAAUGCGAAAUCUACGCAAAUGAUUUGUUUCCUAUCAACUAUAAAAAGGAAAUUAUCUGACACUCAUUACGUUUAUUGAAUCUUAAAUAAUCGAUGAAAACAUGAAUUUUUGUUUGUCUUCUUUGAUUGAGACCUUUCAAGCUGAUGACGGCUCUACUCUAAAGACCAGCAACAUUUGAACCCUGUG